CAACUGGACACAAACCUGCGUAGGUUCUAUGCCGAGGCGAGGAACAAGUCCGGGGAAUCCUAUAGCAAAUCCUCUCUCUUUGGUUUCAGGCACUCUAUUGAGAGAUACCUGAAUGCACCACCCCUAAGCAGAGGGCUCAAACUGAGUUCAGAUCCUCGAUUUAAACGAUCAAAUGAAAUGUUAAACGCUCAGAUAGUCCGUUUGAAGCGCCAGGGCAAGGAAAAUGUCACCCACAAGCCAGCCAUAGAGAGCGAAGACUUGAUUAAGUUGAAAGCCUCGCCUGCCAUUGCACUGAAUAAUCCACUCGCCCUCCUCCGCAAUGUAUGGUUUCACGUUAUUUUAUUCUUUUGUCGGAGAGGAAGAGAAGGUCAGAGGCAGCUGAAGAAAACGAGCUUCAAGUUUGAAGUUGAUGCGUUGGGAAGAAGAUUUGUCACAAUGGCGCAUGAUGAAGCGACAAAAAACCAUCCCGGAAGAGUGACUGAUGUAUCCAGCAACGAGAAAUUGGCAAGAAUGUAUGAAACACCUGAAGAGAACGACGGAUACAAAGCUUUGAAGUUUUACAUGGCCAAACUCAAUCCUCGGUACGAUGCUUUCUUUCAGUAUCCGAGAAAGAAUUCUAAGUAG